AUGGCUGUCAGAGACCACCGACCGCUGUCCUGCCAGGGGUUCAGUGCGGUGAUGGGCGAGGACCUUUGUAGCCCUCACAUCUGUAAGAAUAACGGCUACUGGACUGUGCGCAUCAUCCAGGCCCAGCGCCAGCGCCACCAAAAUUCUUGCUGCCACUUCCUCUUCCUGGGAGAUGUGAGCGGGGAGCAGACUGGGCAGACCAGGAGCUGGAGACGAGACAGCAUAGCCGUGACCGGCCCUGGCACCCUGACCUCAGGUCUCCCAGGCUGCCCAGCACCACCCCAGCCCGCCUUCCUCCAGAGGAAGGAGAAAAACGGCAUCGUUUGGGAGGAAUUUGCUGUGCACGAUGCAGAAGAUGAAGUUAAAUCUCCCUCUCUGCUCUCGGAAGUAGAACGCAACCUCCAGGAUGCCACCAUGCAGGUGUGCUGCAAUGUUCUCCUGGACCCUCAGCUGGUGCCCGGGGGUAGGGCUUCUGAGAUGGCUGUGGCUCAUGCCUUGACAGAAAAAUCCAAGGCCAUGACUGGUGUGGAACAAUGGCCAUAUCGGGCUGUUGCCCAAGCCCUAGAGGUCAUCCCUCGUACCCUUAUUCAAAACCGUGGGGCCAGCACCAUCCGUCUACUUACCUCCCUUCGGGCCAAGCACACCCAGGAGAAUUGUGAGACCUGGGGUGUAAAUGGUGAGACAGGUACUUUGGUGGACAUGAGAGAACUGGGCAUCUGGGAACCAUUGGCUGUAAAGCUGCAAAUGUAUAAGACAGCACUGGAGACGGCAGUUCUACUGCUGCGGAUUGAUGACAUCGUAUCAGGCCACAAAAAAAAGGGUGAUGAACAGAGCCAGCAAGGCGGGGCUCCUGAUGGCUGGCCAGGAGUGAGCGGUGGCAAGGCGACCUCAACGCACAGAGCCAACAGUCUCCUCCUUCCCUGA